UUGGAUCAAGCCCAAAGAAUAUGGAGAAAUUUCAAAACCCAGUAAAUGCUGGCCACAAUCUUGAGCUUUAAACACAGCUUCAUUUGGGGCUGUAAACGUUACAAAUCAACCUUGGAGAAUUUAAAAAAGAAAGCAGCAGAAAUCAAACCACAAAAGAAAAAUGGAAUCCUUGAGCUUAACGAGCAUGACGCCCCAACCAACAGGUUUCUCACUGAAGAACAGCAGUUACAGUAAUCCAACUAAGUUCAUUCCAAGGAAGAGACAUGUUUUCGUUACAUUGGCAACGGCUUCUCCUCAAACCGGUUCAUCAAUUACAUCAGAAAAGCCUGAAAUCGAGCUGGAAUUUGUCGGGCCAAAUCCAGGGAGUGAUGGGCCGUAUCCUGUGGAUAAAGCUAAAGAAAUAAGAGGAGAAAAGCUGCUGAGAAACAUCAUGUUGGAUAGCAAGAUUGAGCUUUAUGCAGCCUAUGGGAAAGUGAUGAACUGUGGAGGUGGUGGAAGCUGUGGAACUUGCAUUGUAGAGAUUCUUCAAGGGAAGGACCUUUUGAAUGAAAGAACCAAUACAGAACUUCGAUAUCUCAAGAAGAAACCAGAAUCUUGGAGGCUUGCUUGUCAAACUAUUGUUGGAAACAAGGAAAAUUCCGGCAAGGUGGUGGUUCAAAGGCUGCCUCAAUGGAAGAAGUGAGAAAGAGAUGCAUGUG